GGAAUUUCUGGCCGCCCAGAGCUGAGCUACCUUUGGUUUGGUCGGUAAGGUUACCUCUCACAAGUUCACCGUAGUGAGCCAGCGAGAGUUACCUAGGUGGAGUAGCUCCUCCUCAGGAUAAGAUACCGUAUCCAGGCGAGCCGCAGGACGGUAUAACGAAGUCGGCAACCAGUUUGCCUUCCUCCGACGAUGGCCGCCGCCGCUACUUUCCGCUCUCUACUCCACGGCAUCCCGUCCUUUCCCUGCCGCUCUCCCGCCGUCGCCACUAUCCUUCCCGAAACCAAACUUAUCCCGGUAAAACCACCCCUCAGAGCCAUCCUCCGCCUCCCUCUCCUCUCCCAGCACCGCCUCCUCCGCGGCGCCGCCGCCGCCUCCGCCGCUGCCGCGUACACCGACACUGACGGCUACGAACCGGACGCCGGUGAUGAAGUGGAAGAAGGCGAAGACGAGGAGCAGCAGCAGCAGCAGCAGCCGCUCGCGACCAAGUCAGUGCGACCCCGGGACGCGGCGCGGCUGUACGUCGGCAACCUCCCAUUCUCCAUGACCCCCACCCAGCUCGCCGAGGUCUUCGGCCAGGCUGGCACCGUCGAGACCGUCGAGGUAAUCUAUGAUCGCGUCACCGACCGGAGCCGGGGCUUCGCCUUCGUCACCAUGGGCAGCGUCGAGGAAGCCAAUGAAGCCAUCCGGAUGUUCGAUGGAUCUCAAGUGGGGGGCAGGAUAGUGAAGGUAAACUUCCCGGAGGUGCCGAGAGGAGGAGAGAGGGAGGUGAUGGGGCCGAGGAUGAGGACCCGGGGGUACAUUGAUAGCCCUCACAAGAUCUAUGCUGGCAAUCUUGGAUGGACCGUCACCUCCGAGGAUCUGAGAAAUGCGUUUGCUGCGCAGCCUGGCAUACUUGGUGCCAAGGUCAUCUUCGAGCGCGAUACCGGCAGGUCCAGGGGAUUCGGCUUCGUCUCCUUCGCAUCUGCCAAGGAGGCCCAGGCUGCCAUGGAAACCAUGAAUGGAGUGGAGGUCGAAGGGCGGCCUCUGCGAUUGAGUCCGGCAGCGAGGACUCCGGCCGCCAGUCCUUCACAGGACUCUGGAGUAGAGGUUGACUCUCAAGAAGCCUCAUCAGCUUCAUUGGAGGUGUCUGGGAAAGAAGAAAGCUCAGUGCAGUCUAGUGUUAGCUACUGAAGAACGGUUGGAUGAGUAGGGAUCUAUGAUGCUUCAAUGCAGUUCUACAAGAUCAUGGGGUGAUUUGGAGGGUAUGGUGGUGUGUUGUGGGUGAAAAAUUUACAGAACAUCAUGAACUUCUGAUCAAAAAUGGAAAGGUCUGCAAUAACUUAAACAAUGUUUCUGGUCAUUAUGUCUUGAAGAUAAUUUCGUAUUCAAAGGCCUUGGGAUGUUGGAAAUUGACUAGGAAAAUGUCUUUUACUUUCUAAACUUAGUUAAUUCUGUUGCAGUAUGGGAUUGCCAGUUUUGGUUUGGGUUAGUUGGACUUGAAGAGUCUGUAAUUUAAUUUCUGUGGAAGCUUGCUGCUGAUCAAUAAAAAUAUUGCCCUUUUUCCUGCA